AUGGAUGACGGAAUGGCCGUUGAAACCGGUGGGAAUUUGGUGGAUUUCCAGAUCUACAAUUUCGAGGUCUUUAACCUGCCGCAGAAAUGCAACUGGAAACAGCUGCGCGACUUGAUGACCACAUUUCUCCACCCCUCGCAGCGGGGGUUGGUCCUUUCGGUUCGCGUUUACAAGGACCAGGAGUUCAAGUGGGCCGUGUGUGCUGUGCGGUCCUACGAGAUUGCUGUGACCAGCGUGGGGAACCUGAAUGGACUCACGUGGUUUGGAUCUACGCUGGCUGUGUCCAAUAUUGUACCGCAAUAUCCCAGCUACGACUACUAUUAUCCCAUGUACAUGCCGAUGUAUGGCCCGGGAACCACCACGCCGACUGAGUCGCUGGUGGAGGUCCAGACACCGCCAAACAACUACCGUUACCGUCACUCCGACCCCGAGGUGAUCCCCUCGACCGGGUUUUCCAGCCACGAAAACGUUGAUCCCAAGAAGCUCUUCAUUGGAAACAUUCCGUUCUCCUCCAGCGAGCAAUCCCUCGCGGCAUUUCUGAACGAGGAGGCCGAGGGAGUGAACAUCGAGGUCCAGCUUCAACUCAACGGAACAUCCAAGGGCUACGCCAUUGCAUCCUGUGCUUCUCGUGAAGAUGCGGAAAGACUGAUAAAACGAUUUGACGGAGCUGAAUUCGAAGGUCGUUGUCUCACUGUCCGCUACGACAAGUUGCCGCAGUUCAUCCAGCGACUUAACCCAUACCGAAUGGGCUACCCUGGAGUCUAUCCUCCCGCUCCACCCACCUUCCCAGCACCUAACUACGUCCCUGUUCAACAGCCCUUUGCAGUUGAAGAGGUACCUCGGUCUGAAAAAGAUCGCAAUGAUAUUGAGAAGGAGGAAGCGCAGGUUGCGCGCGAGCUCGUGAACGCGUUGCGGACGACGAGAUAG